AUGACUCUGAUUCCUGUGGAAAAGAUAAACCUUUCCCUACUUGAAUGUUCACCUCAAGUAAAAGGUCGUACAAGGGCAUUUUUGACACUCGAUAGCUUCGAUAAAGGUGGAGAUGGCGGAGGGCCAUUGGAGAGUGAUGAUCUUUACCAUUCUGAUGGCGCGCCUUUGGUGGCACAAUCCACCAGAUGGAUAAAAAACAAAAGGCGAUGCUUUAACAAUGUUUAUAUAUAUGGAAAUGGGAGAAGUGUUAAGGCCAUGGUAGUUGUUGAAGAUUGCUCUGAUAUGGGCUGUGUUUCUCAUCAAUGUUUUUGA